AUGCCUGCUCAUCUGAAGCGCGGAACCCUCAGCUUCACCAUCUCGCCCAUUCGCGGGUUGAAGAAGCAAAAGAGCAUGCACUCUCUCCGCCGCCAAAUGCAAGAAGCCGCACGGUAUGGCAUGACGAGCCGAGAUCGGACCGGCAGUACCGAGACAAUCCAGGUGCUGAUGACGCCGGAUCAACGCACCAUGCCUAGAGACAACACACCCUCAUCCUCAGGAAAAUACCAACCCCCUCGCUCAGAAGAAGCGUGGGCCACGAACAACGCCCGAACCCAGCCACAGCAACCGCAAGCACGAACGCCCUACGCAACCUCAAGCAGGUAUCCGAGCGAACUACCUCCACUUUCGAUGCCCGCGCCGCCUCCGCUGCCCACUGGCAUCAAUGGACGGCCGGAGUUUCUCGAUUCGCCUUACACGCCUACGAAGAUUCAGGGUGAAGGUGGGCCGGGUGGUGGUCUGGCCGUGCCGGGUGGGAGUUCCGCGGAUUUGAGGCGAGAUACGACGUUCUCUUCGAUGAUGGAGCGAGCAGGGCUGCGGAAGAGUGACUUGCUUAUGGGUACGAAGAAGCGGGUCGACGGCAGGUUUGGCUGGUGA